AUUUUUUUUCACCUAACUGCGAGUCUGAAACAAGAUGUCAGCCUUCAGGAGGGUGGCGUGCCAAUUUCUUAAUUAUCGACGUCCACUUGCAUGUUCGAACCUUGACAGAAUAGGAAGAUGCACCAUUCCUGACAAUGGUUCCACACGUGCAGUAUCAAUGACAUGUAAAUGUUUCUCUGACGAUGAUAAAUCUGGAAAGAAUCGUGGGAAUGAUAUCAAAAAAACAUCAACUGUCAAAGCAGGGGUAUCCACACAUCGAGACCCACAGCUACAUAAACAGAUCUGUGCUUCUCUGUUCGGAAAAAAUGGAGAGAACUUAUUUCAGUUAAUAUCAAAGAGUAAAAUCAUGUUUAGUGUAGAACCAGGAAAGAGUGACGUCAAGGUUAUAGCAGCGAAUGAUGAAAAAUUGCAGAAAGCCAAACAGCUGGUGUCACGGGAAAUAAAAGAAAUAAGGAUGAAACUUGAUUCUCCACCACUGCCUCAAGAGGCCACAAAAGAAACAACACUACCCAAAGAUCCUACGGGGCCAAGUGUCAAAGUAGAAAUCCCCACCCAUGCAGAUCUGAGAUUACAUGACAGUAUUUGUAUGGAUCUGUUUGGACCAAGUGGAGAAAACUUAUCCCGAAUAAUAGCAGAGAGUAAGAUCAUUUUCAGUGUGAAACCAGGUAAAAAUGAGGUCCAAGUUACCGCAGCAAAUCCUGAAAGUUUGGAGAAAGCCAAAGAAUUGGUGACACAAGAAAUACAACUAAUAAUGAACAAUCUUGAAUCUGGACGGCCCAGACAACCUUCAAGUCCUCCAAGGUUUAAAGAAAAGAUUGCUAUAGAAGAUGCUGAGCCACGUGAAAUUGUUGGCAUUUUAAUCGGUAGAAAAGGAAGCAACAUUGGAAAUAUAUCACAACAGAUUGGAUGUCACAUAAAGUUAACCCCACAUGACGGUUGUAUAGAGGUGGAUGUGAUGGAUGAGAACAAAUUGGAACAAGCAGUGGCAUUGAUAAAAAAUGAUAUCCAAAAAAUCUACAAAAGAAAGAAAAAGUUUACCGAAAGUGUGUCAAUUGGAAAUUUAGAUCAGUCCAUGAUUUUGCGCCUUUUAAUCGGUAGAGGAGGAGAAAUGAUUAGACGAACUGAAGAAAGUGUUGGAUGUUCAACUCGCGUAGACAAACAUGAGCCAGGUUAUAUAGUUGUAGAAGUAGAGGAGGAGGACAAACUAGCAAAAGCAGUGCAACUGGUCAAAGAGGACAUUCAACGACAUCAGCUAAAUUCCACACGGGAACAGAAGGAACGACCCGGCCAAUUUAAAGCAAGAGUCACAGUGACAUCUGAGAUAGACCCGACUUUUGGGAAUUUAAUUGGUGCUCAAGGAAGAAACAUUAAACGUCUUAGAAAGGAGGUGGGAGCUACUUUUACGGCGUACAUUGUUGAUGAUAAUACUUUGGAAGUAACAGCCAAUGAUGCGGGUGUGUUAGAGAAAGCAGUGGAAGUGGUCAACAAAGAAAUUAGUAAGAUUCAGAUGGACUCAGACAAUUGGGACAAGCCAGUUCACAAAUAUAAAGAUAUGAACUGGGGAAAAGUAUUUUCUGGUGAGAUGGAACCCCUAGGGAUAUUUGAUGAGAGUGACCUUCACAAAGAGUCUGAACGGAUAGAGUGUCCAAUGUGGGAUAAACUGGAGGCAGCAGACAAAAUGGAGAGAAAGAGAGCCUAUUUUGUUAAUGAAUUUGAUAGGAUGAUAGCACUUACUGAAGAGGGCAAACUGUGGCAGUUCCCCAUUGAUAAUGAUCAGGGUCGCCCAGAAGAAGAGGAUGUUACAUUCGAUGAGCAUGUAUUUCUUGAGCCCCUUAUUGAGGACUUUCCAAAGAAAGGACCGAUUCGGCAUUUUAUGGAGCUUGUGAUAGCAGGACUGUCAAAAAAUCCCCACAUGAGUGUGAAAGAGAAACAUGAACACAUAGAUUGGUAUCGGGAAUAUUUCACUCAAAACAAACACUUGAUGGAAGAGGAAUUAGGUGAUCUCGCCAAGAUGGCUCCACAAGUACCGCAGCAAGUCUAAAGUUUCCAUAGUGAUCUAACAAUAAGCUCAUACCUGGUGAUAAGCAUGGAAAUAACCCCAUACCAGGCAAUAAGCUAAUGCUUGGCAAAAACCCCAUGCCUGGCAAUAAGCUUAUACCCAGUAAUAAGCUCAUGUCUGGCAAUAAGCCCAUACCUGGUAGGAGCCCACUCAUAUCUAUUGUUUUUCAGUACAAAUAAUCAACCAAUAUGAUUUUUUGUCCAGCAAUUGCCUGUGGGUUGCAGAAUUUAAAAUAGUGUAAAGGAAUUAAGUUUUGUUUUUAUUGUGAAUCUAGUUCCUCGAUCUUUUUAUAGAAACAACAUAUUUACAGGGCUAUUUAUUUCCAUCUACAUAAAUAAAUCUAGCUUUUGUUAAUGAAUUCAUUCUGUAGUGUGUUCAGAUUUGUCAUUCUUAAGGUUUGUUAAGAGAUAUAUAAUUGAUGAGCCAUUUGGAAGGGAAGUAAUUCCCUAAAAGAUUUGAUUUCCAAUUGUAUUGUUAUAGAUUUAAUUCAAAGGGAGAAAUAUAUCAGAAAAGCUUUUAUAUCAUUUUUCCAUAUUUAUAUUUGUAUAAUUGUACAAAUAUUUUCUGUGAAUAUGAGACUUAUGGGAAACCAACUGAAGUUUUUAUUGGAGUGAGUAUAUCAAUUGUAUUAUUUUGAGAAGUUUCAUAAUUUUACUGAUGUUAUAGUUAUGAAUAUCAGUCUGGUAACUUCUCAAUACACACAUCAAUUUUAAUGUUUCCAGGUAAAGUGGAUGAAACUGAA